AUGGGGUUAUCUACCAGUUCGUACCAGCAGAUGGAGCCCUCUCCUUGCAACUUGCUCAGUGUAAAAGUUAUCAGAAUGAAAAAUCUGCGGAAGGCCGACCUGCUAACCCAGUCUGAUUGUUAUGUGAGCCUAUGGCUACCAACUGCUUCAGUCAAAAAGGCCCGGACCAAAACUGUCGUCAACUCCAAAAACCCAGUAUGGAAUGAAACCUUCCAUUUCAGGAUUCAGAGUCAGGUCAAGAACAUCCUGGAGCUGAAAGUCUGUGAUGAAGAUGAUCACACCCCAGAUGACCAUCUCCUCACUGUUUUCUUUGAUUUAUCUAAAAUCCAACUUGGAGAAACAGUUCGGCUGAACUUUCAGGUGAAUCCACAGGGAAAGGAGGAGCUAGAGGUUGAGUUCACAAUGGAAAGCAGUCCAGAUCUUCCUGAAAACAUCGCUACGAAUGGUGUAUUAGUGUCUCGUGAAGUUUCCUGUCUGGAAGUUCAGGUGAAUGAGGGGAGGAUAAAGAAGGAAUCCCCAGAAAGAAAAUUCGCUUUUACAGUGGAAGGAUCCUAUGAAGGAACCCAGAACCUUUCACUGAGCUCCUGCCUUUGUCCUGCUUCUCCUGCCAGAUUCCACUAUAUCAAGUAUAAUCACUCAGAACUGGGCAUUGCACUGCCAAAGAUGAGACAGCUCUCUGUGACUUCCUCAAGUCAAGAUGAAAGUGAGUCCCUGACUCUAGCUCUGAAUUCACUUCCCAUUCAAGAUAAAGUAACAAUAGGAGAGACCAGGACGUUUGAUUUGCAUGUGAAGACAAAAGAAUGGACUCAGGGCCUGUUUAACAGCUCAAGAAAACUAGAUGUACGUUUGGGAUUUGACCUGUGCACAGAGGAACAGAAUUUCCUGAAGAAUCGGAAGAAAGUGGUUGCUGCUGCUCUGAAGAAGGUUCUUCAGUUAGAAGAGGAUCUGAAGGACCAUGAGGUGCCAGUUGUUGCUGUGACAACAACAGGAGGUGGGAUAAGAGCUUUGACAGCCAUGUAUGGCAGCAUUUUGGGUCUUCAGAAACUGAAUGUUCUGGACUGUGUUUCAUACAUCACUGGUUCAUCUGGCACAACGUGGACCAUGACAAACUUGUAUGCAGAUGAUGAUUGGUCACAUAAGGAUCUAGGGGAACUAAUCAUUGAAGCUCGGAAGCAAGCAUCCAAAUCCAAAAUGAGUGCUUUUUCCUUGGAAAGUCUGAAGAAUUAUCAUAGGGAGCUGAGUCAACGCACCCAAGCAGGAUACAAGACAUCUUUUAUAGAUCUCUGGGGGCUCAUGAUUGAAUCCAUGUUGAAUGAUGGGAAAGAUGAACAUAAACUCUCAGAUCAGCAACAGGCAGUGAAUUGGGGUCAGAACCCACUGCCCAUCUACCUGGCUCUCAAUGUCAAGGACAACAUUACCACUAAAGAUUUUAGAGAGUGGGUGGAGUUCACCCCCUAUGAGGUGGGAUUCCUGAAAUAUGGAGCCUUUAUUCGUGCGGAGGAUUUUGGAAGUGAGUUCUUCAUGGGCCGGCUGAUGAAGAAGCUCCCAGAAUCUCGGAUCUGCUUCAUGCAAGGAAUGUGGAGUAGUGUAUUUUCCAAGAAUCUCUUGGAUGCAUGGCAUGCAGCUGACAAUUCAGAGGACUUCUGGCACAGAUGGACCCAAGACAGAGUGACUGAAAUAGAGGAAGAGCCUGAUCUACCUGAGAGGCCACAUGAGAUGGCUACUUGUAUGUACACUCCUGCAGGAGGCAUUUCCAAUGCACUUCGAGAUAUUUUAACAGAUCGCCCAGCGGUAUCAAAGUACCACAGUUUCUUAAGGGGUUUUCAGAUGCACAACGAGUACACACAGCAUGAGCAGUUUUCUAAAUGGAAAGACACUAUGCUAGACUCUUUGCCUAAUCAACUGAGACACACUGCAGAGCAUCUGGAGCUGGUAGAUACUGCAUUCUUCUUUGAUACCAGUUACCCACCACUUAUGAGACCAGAGAGGAAAGUGGAUGUCAUCCUGCAUUUGAACUACAGUGGAGGAUCACAGACAAUGCCUCUGGACCAGGCCUCCACGUACUUCUCAGAGCAAGGAAUCCCAUUUCCUAAGCCUGUGUUGAAUGAGGAAGAAAGGAAGAAUCUAAAGGAGUGUUAUAUGUUUGAAGAUGGAGAGAACCCAGGUGCUCCCAUACUGCUUUAUUUCCCACUUGUGAAUGACAGCUUCCAAAGAUACAUAGCACCUGGUGUGGAACGCAGUGCAUCAGAAAUAGAACUGGGCAAAGUUGAUGUCUCCAGUUUCUAUUCCCCAUAUUCUACAAGGGAGGUCUCACUGAAGGCACAAGAUUUCAACAAGCUGCUGAAACUAACUAAUUACAACAUCCAGAAUAAUGAAAACUUGAUUCUUCAGGCCUUGCAUGCAGCUGUGAGGCGGAGAAAACAAUCUCAGACCCAGUCCCCAUCCCAAGCACAGUCAUCCUCCUGA